UACGAAUGAGAAUGAAAUCAUGAGAAUGAGAAUUGUUGUUUCAAAAAAUGGCUAGAAGAAUCUCUCUAGAAGAAGGACGGUUGACUCCUUCGAUGAAGAUUAAUAUGGAUCACCAAGGAGAUGCUUUAGACGAAUUUCUUGUCGAAGAUAGUCAUAUUCAAGACGAUGGUGUAAUCUUAAGUGUAGUUGAUGAUUUUACAAUUCUUGAGUUACCAAGUGGUCAAAACCUUGUCAUAAACUUUCUUACAACCUGGGGUGACCAGUAUUACGUUGGAUUAAAUGGCGUCGAGAUAUUCAAUAGCUCUGGUAUACCUGUUCAGAUAUCAUCAAUCACAGCCAAACCAUGUGAUAUCAAGGUUCUUCAAGAAUACAACACAGACCCAAGGGUUGUAUCAAAUCUUAUUGAUGGAGUUUAUUUCACAAGGCUGCACAAAGUGAAAAGUCAUCAAACUGUGAUUCAGAUAACCAAGAAGAGAGUUCUUAUCAAAUUUAAUAUCAAAAAAAUGAUGGGACCAGUAGGUUACCCAGAAAUUAUUUACAGAAGUAGUAUUAAAGAUUUACACGCGAAAAGCCACGAGAUAUGAAUGACGAUCAAAGAACGUUUCUCAUGCAACAAGGACCCUGUCAACCUAGAUUGAAGUCUUUACCUGUAAAUGAAACAAAAGCCAAAAAUAGACCUAACAAAUUUAAUGCAUCCUGGUACGACUCUUUCCCUCAUCUUGAGUACAGUCAGAAGGAAAGAGCGAUAAAAGUCGUGAUGUCAUUUGUUCAGAACAACGAUUAGCGUUGACACUUCGCUAUUUAGCAUCAGGAGACAGCCCACGAAGUUUGUCUUUCAGUUAUAGAAUAGGAGUGACAACUGUACACAGAAUUAUUUCGAAUACCUGUUUGGCAAUUUGGAAUGCUCUUUUGUCAAAAAGGAUAUUUGAAAGCUCCCAGUUCACCGUAUGAGUGGUUAAAAAUAGCUGAUGAAUUCAAAAGAAUCUGGAACUUCCCUAAUUGUUGUGGGGCCAUUGAU